UCCAAUGUCAAUUUUUCCGUUCACGCGCGUGGCUGCUUGUUAGAGUUCAAACAUUUUUGUCUAAAAACGUGAAAAUUUGUUGAAAAUCCUCGAAUUUUUCUUGCUUCACCCGAAACUAUGUCGCUCACCGUGGUUCCCGUCUGCUACGGAUGCAAAAAAUCCGCGGAUUUGUCGCUUUCCUGCACGGACUGCCUGCGAAUCUACUGCGCCAGCUGCUUCGGUCUGCAGCAGUCGAAUGAGGAGCAAUCCGUCCAAAGUUUUUUGGCACUAGUUUCGUUGCUGUCGGUUCGUGUCUGCUCCAGGUGCACAAAGCCGGACGAACCCGAGCUGAUAGAGCCGGAAAGUUCCGAGCCUGUGGACAUAAAACCAAGUCCCUCGGAAUUGGCGCUGGCCCUGGCUCCACCGGCCAAGGUGAAGGAGGAACGCUGUUGGUCCCACGGUAAGGAGAUGAAUCUGUUCUGUUUGACGUGCAGUAUGAUCAUCUGCGGAGAUUGUUUCCUGAAUGGGGCGGUUCACAUGAGGCAUCAGAUCGACUUCCUGGAGACGGUGUUCCGCGAGAAGCGGGUGGAAACGCGGUCGAGACUAAAUCGACUGGAGGAAAAGGUUGGCGUUCUGCAGCGGGAAGCUUCCCACUGCGAGACCAACCUGGCGCUGAUCCAAUCCGCGGAGAAGGCGGUUCUGGCCGAAAUCGACGCAAUCUGCGAAGAGGCCAAGAUGAGUGUCGCUCGGAUGACCAUCACCCGGAAGAGGAAGCUGGAGGCACGGGCGGGAUUCCCCUCCAAGAAGAAAAAACUGACAGCGGCGCUGCACAAUAUGAUAGAUCAGAUGGGCCCGACGGAAUUUUUCCAGCAACUACCGGGGGUUUAUAAGCAGUGCGAUGAAUUGAUGGUGGAGUGUGCCCCGAAGGGAUUCCACACGCUGAAGUUUGAAGACGUCGGAUGCGAUUUGGUGCCUCCAUAUGAGAUGCAAAAGUUCACACUGACCAACUUUGACGGAACAUUUGCCGGAUGGCCGCAGCACUUGAACACUUCUUGCGAUACGAUGUGGAACGUCUUCCUGCGCAAGAAGGAAUCACUUUUUGUAAAGGUCACCCCGGACGAACCGGAAGCAUCCAAAUAUCCAUACAAACUCUUGGUACAAAUUCCCCAUCCGCUGGACAUCCGCAAGAGCAUAAUGAAAACGUUCACCGUCCAUGGAGCUGCCAGGGAAGACGAAAUUGUAUCUAUCGAACAGCUGAAAGCGGAAAAAUUUAUCCGUGAUAACAACGAAUUGCUGGUAAAGAUUGGGUUGCGACCGCUCAAUGCCAUAACCGAGAAUCGGUUUCUCAAAAGCCGUUACAAGACACUGACGACCACCAUCGCUGAGCUGGAGAAACAGGUGACCGUUUCGGGAAAGGAUAUCCACUGCAAAUUCUGCAUCAUGUACUUCAGCAUUUGCCUGCAGAAGGUACCGAAGAAGACUCCGGAACCGACCCAUUCACCCGAGUUGUUCGACCAAAUGGAGCGGCAGUGGUGCCUUCGGGUGUAUCCCUUCGCACUGACGCUGCAGGAGACCAACCUCAAAGUAUUUCUGGUGCUCCGGAAGGGAACCCGCACCAAGUGCCGGUACUUUAUCGAGCUGCUGCACGACGACCCAGCGAAGAACGUGCUACAGUGUACGGAGAGCACUUUCGAUACCAUCGAUGCCGGUUAUGGAUGGCACACGUUCAUGGAGCGGAAGCGGCUGCUGGCCGAUCCCGGAUUCUAUCCGAACUCGGUGCUGCGCUUUCGGUUUGGCGUGCAACCGAUCGAUUCAUAGAGAGAGGUAGGUUGGUUGGAUUUCUCGCUGUUUCUGUUUUACCACUGA